CGACCAGUUCCCAAUCCCACCUCACCAAUUUUCUCACUCGAGAAUUUUCCCGGAAAAUUUCACCCUCUUCCAUUCCCACCCAAACAAAAACAAAUCAAUUCUUUCUGAUUCUUGAACAAUCCAAAAGAGAGAAAUUAAAAAUCAUGGCUUCUUUGAGAUCUUCUUCUUCAUUCUGGUGCUACCGAUGCAACCGCGUCGUUAGGGUUUCCCUCGCUGCAGAAGCGCAGCGAGAUCCUACCAUUCUCUGCCCCGAUUGUCACUCCGGUUUUCUCGAAGAGCUCCACACGCCUCCCCACUCGCGUCGAUCCACGCGCGCCGGGUCGCCCUUCAAUCCCGUGAUCGUGUUGCGCGGGGGAAACGGAAACGAAAACGCAAGCGCCAACGAAAACGAAAACGAUGUCGCCUCGGGGAACUUCGAGCUCUACUACAACGACGGCGUUUCGGGUCCGGGCCCCAGCGGCCUGCGCCCGCUGCCCGCGGGCGUGACCGACUUUCUCAUGGGCUCCUCGGGCUUCGAUCACUUGCUGGAUCAGCUGGACGGCACCGCGGUGCGCCUCGACCGGGCAGCGUCGAAGGCGGCGAUCGAGUCGAUGCCGGUGGUGAAGAUCCUGGCGAGUCACGCGCACGCGGAGUCCCACUGCGCGGUGUGCAUGGAAAAUUUUCAAGUGGAUUGCGAUGCACGUGAGAUGCCGUGCGGGCACGUGUAUCACUCGGAGUGCAUCGUGCCGUGGCUGUCUGUGCGGAACUCGUGCCCCGUGUGCCGCCGCGUGGUUCCUUCAGAUGAAGUUGAUGAUAACAAUACGAUGGGGUUAACCAUAUGGAGACUCCCUGGGGGAGGAUUCGCUGUGGGCAGGCUCAUCGGUGGUAGAGAACUGCCCCUGGUGUACACGGAGAUGGACGGCGCGUUUAACGCCUCUAACGGCGUUCCCAGGAGAGUCUCCUGGGAUUCUUCUAUCGGUAGGUCUAGAGAGAGUAGGGGCUUUGCUUCUGCUUUUCGGAAUCUUGUUUCCUAUUUCGGAAGAGUUAGGAGUUCCUUUUCUCGUGGAACGAGAAACUCGCGUCUCAAUGGAAGAUCACGCUCUGCCACAACCAUUUUUUCUAGGUUCAGGAGUCGAUCAAGAUUUUAAAAGAGUACGAUUUCGACCACAGUGUCAAGAUUUUUUCAGUCAUCGUGACACAAUCCCUAUUCGCCAGAUAUAUUUUCAAUUUCCUAAAAUGAAACUGAAACCAUGACAACAAUGGGGUUUCGGUUUUCCUAAUGUUUUUUUAGUUUGUUCAAGUAUUCGUUGAAUUUAGGGGAAUUUUAAUUGUUUGUAAUGUUUCUAGUCUGUUUAUUGAUUUUGAUACUGUAAAUAACUAAAACUGAUAAAUGGUUUAUGCAAUUGCUGAAGGGUGGUUUUGAAUUAGCUCAAAGUUACGGAUAAAGAUCGGAUUGUCUAAA